AUGGAUAAGUCACCAUCCAAACCUUACUCAACCAAGAAGAGAGUCAAAAUACAUCCCAACACUGUGACAGUGAAAUACACAUCCCAUUAUCCACAACCUGGAGAUGAAGGAUAUGAAGACACCAGUGAAGACAAUGGCAGCUCUGUGGAGGAGAAUCCAAAGAAAAGAUUACUAGGGGAUGUCAAAAAGAAGGGGAGAACCUUUUUUGGGACUAUGGACACCCGACCAAAGCAGACAGAUGAUCCCGAUAACGAUCUUGCUCAGCAGUUACAAAGUUUUGCAGACAGUUCUAUCUUUCAGUCCAGGAAAAUGUGGGCUGUGCUAUUUGGGUCCGCAAUGGCCCAUGGGUGUGUAGCACUCAUUACAAGAUUGGUUUCUGACCGCUCCAAAGUGCCCUCACUGGAGUUAAUAUUCAUCCGUUCUGUUAUGCAAGUUUUAUCUGUGAUUGUGGUUUGUUAUUAUAAAGAGGCUCCAUUUGGGCCUCCAGGGUAUAGACUACGAUUAUUCUUCUAUGGAGUGUGCAACGUUAUUUCCAUUACCUGUGCCUACACAUCCUUCUCUAUUGUUCCACCAAGCAAUGGAACCAUAAUGUGGAGGGCAACCACUACAGUCUUCAGUGCUGUACUAGCCUUCCUCUUGCUAGAUGAACAUAUGGCAAAUGUUGACUUGAUCACUGUUGUCUGCAGUGUACUUGGUGCGUCUUUGGUUAUGAUUCCAAAUAUAGUUAAUGAAGAAAACUCCUUUCUUGGUGUCUGGAAGGAAGCCUUUGGUUACACCAUGACCGUCAUGGCUGGCCUUACCACAGCACUGUCAAUGAUAGUCUACAGGUCUAUCAAAGAGAAGGUCAGCAUGUGGACUGCUCUUUUUACCUUUGGAUGGACUGGAAGUGUUUGGGGUGCCUGCACAAUGUUUGUUCUUCAAGAACCAAUCAUACCCUUGGAUGGAGAAACAUGGGGCUACCUUCUUGCAAUCUGCUUGUGUUCUACUGUAGCAUUCCUUGGUGUCUAUUAUGCAUUGUAUAAAUUCCACCCAGCUUUGGUCAGCACGGUGCAGCACUUGGAGAUUGUAGUGGCUAUGAUCCUGCAACUUCUUGUGCUGCAAAUGUACCCCAGUGUCUAUGAUUUAAUAGGUGGAGCAGUCAUCAUCGUCAGUGUCUUUGCUUUGGCUGGCUAUAAACUGUAUCUAGGAAGAUUGGGACGACAAGAUUAUCAAGAAAUUCUGGACUCUCCUAUUAAAUGA